UUGAUCGACAGAAAAGAAGUCGUCUUUGAUCAUGGUAACGCCAGACCACACACAUCUUUGACCACUCAGCAAACAUUGAGAAAGCUUGUUUGGCAAGUCUGUUUACAAAAGCUGAAAGAUAGCUGUUUGGGUGUGAAAUUGGGUGACAUUAAAGUAAAUUGUCUGCUGUAUGCUGAUGAUGCAGUGCUUAUUGCACCAUCAGAGGCAGAACUGCAGGCAUUAGUCACGUGUAUGAAAGAGGAAUGUGAAAUUAAAGGUCUCCGUUUGAACGCUAAUAAAACUAAGGUUCUGGUAUUUGAAAGGGACGAAGAGAGAACGAAGUGUGAAAUAUGGAUUUAUCUUAUCCUCUGGACGUUUAUUACUCCAUUUUAUGGAAAAUCUACAAGCGGAAUAAACGAAGAAAUAAUUUGGAUCAGCAUUAGCAUGGCGAUCGCUAUAGCAGUUUUGAUAGCAAUAGCUCUAUGUUAUAUCUUGAAGGAAAAAUGCUCGAAACGUCAGGCGUACAGAGAACAGUCAUGA